AUGGCGAAGCCAAUACCGAACAAUGUUGUCAUUAAGACCAGGGAGAUGCAUACGAGCGGAGAACCGUUGAGGGUAAUCGAGUCCGGUUUUCCCUCCCCUCGGGGAGACACUUUACUUGAAAAAAUCCGCUACACUCGGGAACAUCUCGAUCCUUACAGAAAGUUGCUGAUGAGCGAACCUCGCGGCCAUCUUGACAUGUUUGGUGCGGUAUUGGUAGAGCCGGAUAACAAGGAGGCAGACAUGGCCAUCAUGUUUAUACAUAAUGCAGGUUAUAGUACCAUGUGUGGUCACGCGAUUAUCUCCCUUGGACGGUACGCUGUAGAUUCGGGACUAGUCCGGAACCUUUCCAGUCCAGAAACUCGAGUGGCGAUCCAGUGUCCAUGUGGAUUAGUGGAGACAUUCGUGGAGUAUAAGAAUGGCAAGACCGGAUAUGUCCGAUUUAACAGUGUUCCGGCUUUCGUCUUCGCAACAGAUGUGUCAGUGGAUGUUCCCGGGUAUGGUCAUGUGGUAGUUGACAUCGUGUACGGAGGUGCCUUCUUCGCCUUAGUGCCUGACUGUCAGUACAGCUUCCGAUUGGAGGGUGUUGCCCCAGACGUCAUCAGACGUGCAGCAGCGGCCACGACAGACGCCCUAAAGGCACAACUCAAGCUAACCCAUCCGGACAGUGACGACUUGGCCUUUCUGUAUGGAACCAUUAUUACAGACGGACAGGACGGACAAGCAGAUAUCCCGUCAACACAUGUUUGUGUGUUUGCGGAAAAACAGUUUGACAGAUCUCCGUGUGGAUCCGGUACCACCGCCAGGGUGGCACUUCUGCACCACAAAGGUUAUGUCAAACUAGGCCAGUCCAGGAGCUUCAGGAGUCAUAUCAAAUCCGAGUUCAAGGCCAAAGCGGUACAGGAAGUGACGUGUGGUGGACAUAAAGCGGUCAUAGUAGAAGUUUCCGGAAAUGGGUACUAUUGUGGUUCUUCAGAAUUUUCUUUAGAGGAGGAUGACGUCAUCGGGCGAGGUUUCCUUUUGUAA